CUCCACCCUGCUCUCCUCCACAAAACCCUGAGAGCCUGAAACCUGUCCCUCAAGUCACAGAUUCCUUAUGUGACCUCACUGGGUAGUGAUGACCUCACAGGCCUUCUCACAGUUUCCAUGGCAGGGUAACUACGCAAAUGUGGUGCUCUCGGGGAAACUUUCCUACCAGUUCUCUACUGGAUACCAAUCUGUUUGGUUGCCUGAGAAUGUCUGACCGGAUCUUCUAUAUUCAUUCUAACUUGUCCUCUGUCCCCUGGGAGGGCAGCACAGCAGCAGCUGUGGCUCCCACUUCUCCUCCUACACCUGGUCACUACCAUGUCCUCUACCGAGGGUGUGGAGAAACCCAAGUGGGCUGGCAUGGGGAGACAUACUGCCUGGUUGGUGGCUACCGGACCUAUGGGGAUGCUCCUGUGGCCACCCCAGCAAAGGUGGAAGCAGAGAAACCAAUUCCCAGCCGGGCUCCCAAGAGACGUCGAGCUCUCACAGAGUCGGAUAAAGACCUAGGUUGCUCCAGCCCCAAAAUUCGGCGAUUGCAGCAUGGUGGCCGAAGGAUGACCCCACAGAAGCUUGCUGGCUGAGCCACUCUUCAGGGAGGGCAAAUGUUUAACCACCCAAGACAGCUAAUGCCUCUUCCUGCAGUGAACCCCACUGCCCAUCAUUGGAGAUUAGAACCUGAGCCAUUCUGUCUGAGCUCAGCCAGGAGUCUCCUUCCAUACUAACUGGCUAUACACAAGGAGCCUUAGGAACUGAGGCUUGAAAUUAGAGGCUGCUCUGAACAUCCCAGGGCUGAAACUGGCCUGGAAGAAAACCUGGUGUUUCUCUGCUCAAUAUUCCAGAGUCCCUUCUUGGGAAGAAGAAAGAAAAGUCUGUAUUCUUUGAGUCAAC